UGUAGCUAUACAUCUUGAACACAACAAAUUAAAAAAAAAUAUAAAGUUAUCUUAUCGCCGCUGCCCGCGCCCGAUAUUUGAUUGUAAGCAUGCGUGCGUGAAACCCGUGCCCCAAAACCGCGAUGUUGCUGUUAGAGCUGAACAUUCUGACCCUGAAUAUUUGGGGCAUUCCGUAUGUGUCGAGUGAUCGCGGGCCCCGCAUCGAUGCCAUCUGCAAAGAGCUGGGAAGCGGGAAGUAUGACAUCGUGUCCCUGCAGGAGGUGUGGGCGCAGCAGGACAGUGAGCGGCUGCAGAAGGGCACGGAGGCAGUCCUGCCCCACAGCCACUACUUCCAUAGCGGCGUGAUGGGCGCCGGUCUGCUGGUGCUCUCCAAGUACCCCAUUCUGGGCACGCUGUUCCACGCCUGGUCCGUCAACGGCUACUUCCAUCGCAUCCAGCACGCGGAUUGGUUUGGCGGCAAGGGAGUGGGCCUGUGCCGCAUCCUGGUCGGUGGCCAGAUGGUGCACCUGUACAAUGCCCACCUGCACGCGGAGUACGACAAUGCCAACGACGAGUACAAGACGCACCGCGUCAUCCAGGCCUUCGACACUGCUCAAUUCAUCGAGGCUACCAGAGGAAACUCGGCGCUGCAGAUCCUGGCUGGCGAUUUGAAUGCCCAGCCGCAGGAUAUCUCUUACAAGGUGCUGCUCUAUACCUCCAAGAUGCUCGACAGCUGCGCCUCGGACUCCUUUCGCACCAACGAAUGCCAACACAACUCGUACACAUCUAAGCAGGCUCUGCAGAGGAAUCCGCAGGGCAUCCGCAUCGAUCACAUCUUUGUGCGUGGAGGUGAUCAUGUGAAUGCCGAGAUAGUAGAGUACAGCUUGCCCUUUCCGAUACGAGUGCCCGGAGAGAAGUUUAGCUUCUCGGAUCACGAGGCUGUGCUGGCCAAGUUAAGAUUAUCUAAGCUAACAGCGAGAACGGAAGAACCAGUGGCCACCAUCGAAGUGAACUGCCAGGUGGAAGACGGCGAAAGCUGUGUUGUGAGGGAACUGGGAGCAGGCGAUGCUCAGGCAGGGGAGGAAGAGCAGGAACAGCAGCCGGCCCAGUGCAAUGGCAGCUCCACUGCCAUCCAAACCAUCCCCGCUGCCCGAACUGCCGCCCUUCACGAAGCCUUGGCCCUGUGCGAUGCUUCCCUGCUGCAGCUCAACACGGAUCGGAUUCUGUACUACAGUGCCGCCACCUUCCUGUUCGUCCUCCUAGUCCUGCUGGUGGAGUUCACCGCUCCCGUGGGCAUGCGCACCAUCUUUCUGCUGCUCAAGUUCAUCGUGUUUGGCGUGAUCCUGUUCUGCGUCUUCAUGGCCUCCAUUUGGAACUAUAUGGAGAGAAAUGGGGUGCUGCAGGGCAAGAAAUCGAUGGAGGUGAUGCUGUACUCGUACCAGAAGUACGAGUACUUUUACUGAAGCUGUGUCGAGAAGCCGAGCUCAAUGCGCAUUUAAAAUCCAUGUGUACCGUAGAUUAAGAAGCGUUGUAUUGUCUUUAACUAGAGGGUGUUACUAAUCUGACGCGAUCUUUUACGUCCAGUAAUAUUUCAAUGCAUUUCCAUGGUCUCUUUCUAUGUAACGUCAUCCAUAUCCCAGGAAUUAUAGUUCAAUAAAUUCGACCAACAUUAAGAAAACAAAA